CGCACAGUGAAUGCCUGCGGCUCUCCCGAGUCUCUGCUCUCUUCGCAGCAAUGUAAUGCGACGGCAUAUACUCUUUCUCGCGUCGCCAACCAGAACACGCUCCUUCUCUCUCUGCAAUAGACAGCAUGGCCUCCUCCGAAUCGACAGCGGCUGGACACGGGACGGCAACAGAGUAGCAAGCAGCUUGCGCUCACAGCUUCGCAGCAGUUCGUGGAAGACCAUGGUCGGACAACGGCAUGUACAUCCGGACACCGUAGCGUUAUUGGACUCCCAGGAGGACAGCGCGAAGGCCGCGAUUCUCGAAAAAGUCAUGCAAGGCCGCCAGCCCACGGACCUUGUCCUUCGCUGCACUGUAAUAGACCGUGAAGGGAAUGUUCAGGGCAUCUCAGGCCAGAUCAAAAAGUCGGAUUUGUGUGUAGAGCAUAAGCUAAACCCGCGUGAUUUGCGCAAGAUAGACUCCCGCGUUCCCAAUCUGGUCCCUACCAUCCUCGUCCGGAAGGAAGCCAUCCUGUUCAACAUCCUCCACAUUCGCGCUCUCGUCAAGGCCGACGCCGUCAUCUUGUUUGACACAUAUGGCUCGAACGACUCCCGCCUUCACUCCGCAUUCUUGUACCAUCUGGAGCAUAACCUCAAGGCGCGGGGAAGCGGAUCACCCUACGAAUUCCGGGCAAUCGACUCCAUCUUGGUAUCCGUGUUGAGCGCUCUUGAAGCGGAAAUGGUUUUCAUCCGGAACUUGGUCGGUGGCCUAUUGGCGGAGAUGGAGGACGACAUCAAUCACGACAAGUUCAAACGGCUCCUGCACUAUUCUCGCCGGCUCGCAAGUUUCAAGAACCGCGCCAAACUGGUUCAGCAAGCGUUAGACGAAGUGCUCGAGCAAGAUGAGGAUCUGAAUGCCAUGUAUCUCACCGACAAGAUGAAUGGCACGGUUCGUGAGAACGAGCACGAAGAGCUGGAGGUGCUGCUCGAGGUUUUUUCCAAACAAGUCGAGGAAGUCGUCAACGAGGCCGAGAAUAUCGAGAGCAACGUCCAGUCGACCCAAGAGAUCGUCGAGCUCAUCCUCGAUUCAAACCGCAACGCGCUUUUGGGUUUAGACCUGAAGGUUUCGAUCGGAACAAUGGGCAUCGGCGCGGGAGCCCUCGUCGCAGGCCUCUUUGGUAUGAAUUUGACAAGCCACCUUGAAGAGACUCCUUGGGGCUUCGUGGCACUCUCCGCCUUCUCGAGCGCGUUUGCCCUCCUGGUCGCAUGGGUUGGGUUCCGCAGGCUUGACAAGAUACGCAAAGUUGGUCUGUCAAGUCCUCGCAGAGGCGGCGGGAACCAACGUGCUAAUGUGCCGAGGCCAUGGAUCCCGCUGCCGCUGAGGCGACGCAAGACCGACGGAUGGUCGUGACCAUGGGCGUAGGUUAUGCCGACGUCAUGUUUGUCCUCCUGAUUAGAUUUGUGAUAUCUUGCGGUCCUCGGAUCGUUCAUAUAUCUGUCCCAAGUAUAUCCUGUUUUCCCUUUGCCCUACAUACGCUCGCCACCGCCACCACCACUAACUCUGCCU